AUGGGCACGUGGGUCCUAUCUCCCACUCCUACUUGCUGCUACCGAGUCAUCAUGUCUUUCUUACCAAAGCGUGCACGCCUCACAUUUGAAAGUGGCUUUCAGGUCCCAGAGAUGGAGGAUCUGCAGGGCUUGAUGGCGGCGCAGGCGUCCUCAGAUGAGGAGGAGGAAGAAAAGCUCACCCCCAUUUCCCCUUGCUCCUGCAUGGGGUUCAGCUUUCAGGCCGCCGACGGCCGACCGCGGGAUGGGAAGGGGGUGCCCGCCGCGCUGCUGCCCACGCCCACUCGCCCCAGCACCCCAAAUGCCGGGAGACUCCUGCGGCGGAGGAAGGCCGGUGUGGGGCGCUGCCCGAGGCCGCCGGCCCCCGGAGGUCCAGCAGAGCAGCAGAGGACACGCCGGGGCCCUGACUCGGCGGCUCUCAGGGAAGCUAGUCCCCAGAGCCCCAGCCCCUCUACAUCAUGGGCCACAUCGGGCAGCCAAGAAAAGGCUGCUGCAAGGUGCUUGCAGAAGCCAGCCAGCCCGGAGCCUUGGCCCAGAGAUCCGCUGGAGCAGAAGGUGACAGAUUUGGUGAAGUUCAUGAUCCUCAAGUAUCAGUCAAAGGAGCCCAUCUCGAAGGCGGAAAUGCUGAAGGGUGUCAGCAAAAGCCACCAGAAACGAUUCCCCGUCAUCUUCCAGAAAGCUUCCAAGUGUUUGGAGGUGAUCGCUGGCAUUGACGUGAAAGAAGUGGACCCUGUUCUCCACUCCUAUGUCCUUGUCAACUCCCUGGGCCUCACCUGUGAGGAGAAGCUUGGUGACAAACAAGGGAUGCCUAAACAUGGCUUCCUGCUCAUCAUCCUGGGUGCGAUUUCCAUAGCGGGCAACUGCAUCCCUGAGGAAGACAUCUGGGAUUUCCUGAAUGUGAUGGGAGUGUAUGCUGGCAGGGAGCACUUCCUCUACGGGGAGCCCAGGCAGCUCCUCACUAGAGAUUGGGUGCAGCAGAAGUACCUGGAGUACCGGCAGGUGCCCCGCAGCGAUCCUCCACGCUAUGAGUUCCUGUGGGGUUCAAGGGCUCAUGCUGAAACCAACAAGAUGAAAGUUCUGGAGUUUUUGGCUAAGAUCAAAGGGACUGACCCCAUUUCUUUCUCAUGCUGGUAUGAGGAGGCUUUAAGAGAUGAGGAAGAGCGAGCUAGGGCCAGCAUCGAGCCCAGAGCUAUUCUUCCCACCACGGUCACUGAGCAGCAAGGGCCUGAAGCGUCUCCUGCCCCAGCUGAAGGCUGA